CCGCUGCAGUGAUUCCCAGGGCGUGCUGCGCUCCGCACGCUUAGCGGGCUCUCAGGGUGACAUUGUUUCCUGAAUGAUGCAACUGAAAAUUCCCUUUCCCGUGCUGCUUGUUUCCUGAUCGCUUCUCCCUCAUUCUCUAAGGCAUUCCAGCAGCUGCGCACCUUUUGCUCGCCGUCCCUUUUCCCCGGCGAAUCUCUGCGAAGACAAGUGAUGUCCACAGCUACCCUAAUUAGCUUGGUACGGAGCGGAGGGUUCCAGGUGAGAAGGAGAGCCGCGCUCACGUCCCGGCUGCUGCAGGACGAGAAGCGCCCCGCAGCCGCCUGCUCCAUCUCCACCUGCGAGCGCCGCGCCUCCCGCUUCGACCCCGACGGCAGCGGGCGGCCCACCACAUGGGACACCUUCGGCAUCUGGGACAACCGCAUCGAUGAACCCAUUCUCCUCCCACCCAGCAUAAAGUACGGCAAGCCCAUCCCAAAGGUGAGCCUGAGCAACGUGGGCUGCGCCAGCCACAUCGGGAAGCGAAAGGAAAAUGAGGACCGCUUCGAUUACGCUCAGCUGACAGAGGAUAUCCUGUACUUCGCGGUGUACGAUGGGCACGGCGGGGCGGCAGCUGCCGACUUCUGUCAUAAGUACAUGGAAAAAUAUAUUAAGGAAUUUCUUGCUGAGGAGGAGAACUUGGAAAAUGUUUUGAGCAAAGCUUUUCUAGAAAUAGACAAAGCAUAUGCAAGGCAUGCUAAUGUCUCUGCUGAUGCAACUCUGCUGAGCUCUGGGACUACUGCAACAGUGGCUCUGCUCCGGGAUGGAAUUGAGCUGGUUGUGGCAAGCGUGGGAGACAGUCGUGCUCUGCUGUGCCGGAAAGGAAAGCCCGUGAAACUCACCACUGACCACACUCCAGAGAGAAAGGAGGAGAAGGAAAGGAUUAAGAAGUGUGGUGGCUUCAUUUCCUGGAACAGUUUGGGACAGCCUCACGUGAAUGGUAGACUUGCAAUGACACGGAGCAUAGGAGAUUUGGAUCUUAAAAACAGUGGUGUGAUAGCCCAGCCAGAAACAAAAAGGGUUCAGCUGCAGCACGCAGACGACAGCUUCCUGGUGCUGACCACCGACGGCAUCAACUUCAUAGUGAACAGCCAGGAGAUCUGCAACUUCAUCAGCCAGUGCCAUGACCCUGCUGAGGCUGCCCACGUGGUCACUGAGCAGGCAGUGCAGUUUGGCACUGAAGACAACAGCACAGUUGUCAUAGUGCCAUUUGGAGCUUGGGGCAAGUACAAGAACGGGGACAUUACCUUCUCCUUCAGCCGCAGCUUCGCUUCCAGCGGGAGGUGGGCGUGAAGACAAGGACACAGCGAUCCCUUCCUGCCGUCACCUGGACACAGCGUGCUACAGGAGAACACCUCCAUCUGUUCCUAGGCUGACUCAGUGUCUUGUCCAUCUCUUCUGUUCCCAGUGUUAGAAGAUGCCACUGCUCCCUUGGUGCGUAGUGCCCGUUGUUGCUUACAGCUGACUGUGUCUCGCUGCCCGUUAUUCCCGGCGGCAUCGCGGCAGCGUCCUGGGUUUGUCGCCCCAGCAGCUCCACACAUCACUUUGUUCACACAGACGAGGUUCUGGGCUUUCACCUGAGGCUGGAGGGGGUGCACAGUCACUUCAUGCCUACCUGUACUCCUCAGGACCCUCAGCUCCCUGGCAGCUGGGUCCCUGAGCCACAUGCUGGAUUCCUUGUCCGAUAAAACAUGGGGGAACAAACGCACAAUGUUCUUAGGUAGACAGAAAGAGGGUUUGUUUUCUUCUUCUGCUGCAGCCACCUGAAACUCCCCCGUGCUCCAGGAGAAGUGGGUGAAAAAUAAAGGAGAAGUUUUAGAAUAUUUAGGUUCUGAUGCCAGUGGCAUUUGGUGUAGCUGUACAAGUUCCUGAGACAGUGCUGCUUUGUGCUCUCGCUGCCAGCAUCUGUGAUCCUCUAGCUCCAAGGAGACAGACCAGGCUGGAGCCAUGUGCUGUUGGACAGAUGGGAACCUUUCUCCAUUGGGUCCAAAGCCUGUGCAGUCUCUGUGGACCAUGCAGCAGCCCCUUGCACUGUCUUCUCUUUGCUGUCAGUGCCUGACAGAAGCACAGAGGAGGGAAAAAGACGCACAGUUUUGAUAUCCAGAGACUCGUCAACUUGAAUUUCUUUUUUUUUUUUUUUAAUAAAGAAAAUAAGCUAAUUUCAAAGAGUUUACUCUUCAAGAUCUGAUGCUUAACACAGUUUAUUUCUUCAUACAUACAUGAGGAUUUUCCUGCCCUCUGCUGAAGUUGUCUGAGUUAGUUGUGAUCUCUCAUGUCUCUUCAUGGUACACAAGGAGGUAUAAAUUGCCCCAAACUAGCUAAAGAAAGGAGAGAGCACUGUAACAACGUAAGGUAAUUUUUGUAAGUUUUGGGUGUUGUUUCUAGUAGAUAUCAGAUAUUCUCAGAUACCAGAAAGGAAUAUUAUCCUUAAAGGAAGCGUUUCCACUUCCCUUCUUGGAGGGGAAUCUGUAUCCAGUGAACAUGGGGGGAGGACCAGAGCUCUGAUCCAGCUCAUAUCACUGCUGUGACAUGGACUACAGCUGACAUGUUGGCACAGUUGAAGAUCUGUCCUGGUGUGCCUCAUUCAGACCUUUUCCUUCCUCUACUCCAUGUCAGCUGUCAGCUCCUGUGGCAGUGAAAUAUGGGCAGAGAAGAAUUGGUCUUUUCUCAGACUUGCCACAGUAUUUUUCCUUCUAUGGAUGCUUCCAAUAGCACAAUGGUAAAAACAAAACAAAAUGAAAGAGAAGUUGCCUGAUGCUAAAUCACCUUGUAAAAAAAAGAAAAAGAAUUCUGAGGUGCCUGGACUGAUUCUGAUUUUCCAUUGUGAAGUACAUAUCUUUAUUACUUUUAUCCCUUUCCUUUAGUCCAGGGUUAGCCCUUAGGCAGUCAGUCCGUUAGUUUCUCCUUGUCUGUGGUGGAAGGCCCAGCAGCACCAGCACCAGCGUGUGGCACUGACAGCAUUAAGUGCUGGGUGUGCAGAGUGCCCUGGGUUUGUCUGUGCCAUCACAUGGUGUGGUGAGCACAUGCACUUCUUUGGGUUGUGACUGCAGUGCUGUGUGUAAACCUCUGCUGUACUGGGUGCUGGUGCCCAGGCCUAAGCACACCACUGGUUUACAAUCCUAAUUCCCUCUCUCUCCUCAGAUUUUCCCCAGAGUCUGGGUUCAGUGUUCACCUGAGGUCAGGAUAGUUGCUGUUGGGGGUUUUUAUUUCUCCUAACAGCACAGUUGUCUUCUUGGGGGAAGUAUCCAUCCAUAACUUCUAUGAAAUUUUACCAAGGAAGGGAUAGGACAAAGCUCUGUGAAGCAGAGGAUGAUUAGAUUCUGGUGCAUUGGUGGUUGCUAUUGCUGCUUCUCUACUAUCACAGAAACACUUGGAUUGGGAAGGACUCCCGGGCACCAUCUCACCUCCAGUCCUUUCUAUUGGAUCCAUUGCUUUGUCCAGUUUCUUUUCCACUCCUGGGGCAAUUCCUGUGAUUCCUGCUGUUGUCUGAGCCCUGCCCCAAGCCCAGCCCUCUCAGAGCACUGGACUGAGGCUCGGUAGGCACAGCCAGGCCCCAGUGCGGGGCAAAAGCUGCUGGUUUUCACUGGGGUGGGCAAGGCACCCCUCCAUCAGGUGGCACACCGGUUUGCCAGGGUUGGAGCCCAUUCAGGUGUAAAGUCCCAGGCUCUGGGUGGUGAUACCUGUGCUAGGAACCUGCCCAAAUCCUUGCACACACCCUGCCAGCCAGGGAACAGCUGCCUCAGGGUGCAUUUCAGUGUUGCCUCACCCAGAAAUCUUCUCUUGUACCAUGAUGACACCAGAUUCCACCAACCCCAUGAUGUGCCAACAGUGUCAGGAGCAUUAGCAGCUCAUGUAAGCAUGAACAAGGACCCCUGGACCCUGCACAAUCAUCCACACCAAUCCAGAGCGAGGAGAGGGAGAUGUAUUCCCUCAUCCUCUUGUGGAGACAAGGCAGUUCCUGCAGCUCAGCAAGGCCAUCCAUGCCAGGACACAGCCCAGAGCCAUUGUUUGUACAAACACAUUCCAGCUUCAGCCUUAUAGAGGAUAAGCAGUACAGCCAGCAAACUCCCUGACUCCCACAGGAGGCUGUGGCUGCUGCAGCAAUAACACACUGCAUACAAAGCUGCCAUUGUCUGUGCCCCGUGUUUAGUGCCAAAAAGGACCAAGGAAGAUGAACCUUGGCUGAACGUCAGCUGCCCAAGCUGCUCUUAUCACUCACCUUCUCAGAAGAGUGGGGGCUAGGGGCAGAAAAUAAAAUGAAAAGACCCCAAAACCUGGUCAAGAUAAAGAUAAUUAAUAAAGAGUGUUACCAGCCCCUUUCUGGGUGCCAAUACACUGCCCAGCAUUGUGAGGACGCUGUGGGGAGAGGAGCUCCAUCCCAGCCAGGCUCAAUAAACACUUCAGGUUUUCCAUCUGGUCACUGGGCCCCCUGCAGCCCAUGGCAGCUCUGCAAGCAACAGCUCCACUGUACCCCCAGGGACUGGCAGGAUCCUUCUGCACAGCAGAGCUCCUUCGGCUUGAGGACAGAGAGCAAAUUGUUCUAAAACCACAGCUGCCUGCCAGAGAGGUUUAUUAUUCCAGGACCGUGAAGGAUCUCACACUUUGAAUGAAACAAAAUGGAAUGUUUGCUCUCUAGCUCACUGUCUUUGUUGUGCAUCUGAGGUUACAACAAAAAGAGUAUUUUUUGUUUAUGACAGACUGAACCAAACAUUAGGGGUGAUCUCCUGGGCAAGCUGUAAAAAAUGUUCACUUUUUUCUUCUUUUUAGGGGAUGGAUUCUGAAAUCCAAUGGAUUUGGUAUGAAUAUUUUCCUGCCUGAACAUGGUCCCUGGAGCAGUGGAAUCUCUCUCUGUACAGGCAUUGUAGGAGGGUGGGCUGUGGGUGCAGAAAGGCAAAAAUGCUGUCCAGCUAAGUAUUCAUUUUUACUGUGAGGAUAUGGAAGGCAUGGGGGUGGCCUCAUGUUGCUGGAUUUACCAGGAGAGGUGUUGAGGCUGCAGAUGGAUUUCCAACUUCACUCUCCCCGCCACUUGCAAAGAUGGGGGUUUCAUGCUUUAUAGAGGGAACUCCCAAAAAAGUCAUUUGCAGCCUGGAUUUAGGAGAGCUGGUCUCUCUGGAUGAUGAACGUAGCACAGGAGACUGAAAUGGGGCAGAGAUACAGUAAUUAAUUGAAUAUAGGCCUUCAUUACAGUUAGUCCCUUUGGGCUGAAAUGCUUAGGGCUGGAGAAUAAUCCUGGAGCAGCUGAAAAUGGGGGUGUGGAGAGAAAUCAGCAAUAUCACUGCUUUUUACAUUUUUGGAAAUUGAGAGGAGCUUAGACUCACCGCAGGAUUUCUGCUACCUUCCCUGGGAUCAGGGUUCCAUGAGCUACAUUUUCUGUCUCAGCUGGUGGAUGUGUGGUGGUCAGAGACAUUGGGAUUCUUGGCUAAGGGAGAAGCACAAAACAACAGCUGUGAGUGAAACUGGUUUAAUAAUAAUUUCUUUUAAAAACCUUCAGUUGGGCAUGGCCAGGUCAUUGCUCACUCACCCAAGAAGCCAAAUGUGCAGUACAAGAACACUCUGGGCAUUCCUUGGUUCCAAACUGCUGUUCUGAAUGCAGAGAUACCCAUCAGGUGCCCUCUUGACCCGGGAUAUGGAGUGCUUGGGCAGUGGUGCCUGUCAUAACUUUCUUACAGAAUUAAGUGCAAUUGUGCACAUUUAUUACAUGCUUUGCCUUGGGGCUGUGUGUAAUUUCUGUGGCUUGAUAUUUAUCUUUGGUGUAAUCAGUGUACAAAUUUCAUCUACUAUGAAAUUUUAUAGAGGUGCCCAUCUUGCUUUUUUUUUUCUUUAAAAAUGUUUUUUCAUCUUCAUAAACUCAAAGCUACAGUAGAGCAGCUAAGUCUGUACCGGAAUGCUUACAAGAUCUUUCAAUAAAGAAAUGGCUUCUGGAA